GAAACACGUGGGUAAAUAGGAAGUCCCUUGCAUUGCGCGGGUCCGACUGCAUUGCUCCGAAAUGGCGGGAAUGAAUGCAAUGGAGAAGAAAUUGGCGGAAUACAAAUGUGACACCAAUGAAGCGAUAUGUCUGAAGCUAGUGCGCUUCCCUGAAGACAUAGAGGACGACAGCACAACAUUCCAUCCAGAGUACACUCACCAACUCUAUGGUGAUGAUGAAGUGGCGUUUGGAUACAAGGGCCUACAGAUUCAGCUGUACUACAGCGCUGGAAACCUCGCCACCCUCUUCAAAGUCAAAUACGCAGCAAAGGUCACCGAAAAGUUUGACUGUGUGGAGCCCGACGACGUGGAGGGGAAGAUUCGGGAGGUGGUGCCCGCCGGGUUCUGCUGCAACACCGACGACUUCAUCACGCUGCUGGAGAAGGAGGCCAACUUCAAGCCCUUCGGCACCCUGCUGCACACGUACACGGUCCACAACGAGGAGGAAGGAGAGGACAUCCCCUAUCAGAUCUACAAGGCGGACAUGUCCAGUCCUGGGUUUCGGGAGUACCACGAGCGCCUCCAGACCUUCCUGCUGUGGUUCAUCGAGACGGCCAGCUUCAUCGACGUGGACGACGACCGGUGGGACUUCUUCCUCAUAUUCGAGAAGUACAAUAAGGAUGGAGAGACCCUCUUCGCCACUGUGGGCUACAUGACUGUUUAUAAUUACUACGUGUACCCAGACAAAACCCGACCACGUGUAAGCCAGAUGCUGAUCCUGCCCCCGUUCCAAGGAGAAGGUCAUGGGGCCCAGCUGCUGGAGGCGGUCCACAGGUUCUACUGCACCUCCCCGCUGGUCCAGGACAUCACAGCGGAGGACCCCUCAGAGAACUAUGUGAAGCUGAGAGACUUCGUCCUGGUCAAGCUGUGCCAGUCUCUGCCCUCCUUCUCCACAGACCAGCUGUCCCAGGGCUUCAGUGAGGAGAUGGCCACAGAGGCCCGCGAGAAGUUAAAAAUAAACAAGAAACACGCCAGGCGAGUGUACGAAAUCCUGCGUCUGAGGGCGACGGACAUGAGCGACGAGGAGAAGGCGCGGGCGUACCGUCUGGAGAUCAAACGCAGGCUCUUCGGCCCCUACAAGAAAAACCAGAGGGAGCUGACCAAGAUGAUGAAGUGUCUCAGACCCGAGGAGCUAGUCUCUCACAUCAAUCAGAUGGACACCCAGGUGCAGCACGAGGAGCUGGAGAAGAGCUACCAGGAGCUGGUGGGAGAGUACAGACGAGUCAUCGAGAGGCUGGCCCGGGCCUGAUCGCACCCGCGUCCCCGCCCCUUCUCAGCAACAACACCCCCCCUUGGCUCCACCCCCCUCCCCUCCCUUCCUCUCCCCUCCCCUCCCAAUGUUGUUUAUACACAUGUACAGUAGAUGGUCUGCCCGGUGGAGCUGAGGACAGCCCAGUCUGUCUCCCGCGGGUGAUGUCACCACGGGUGAUGUCACCGCGUAUGAGGGUUUGUAAUCUGAAUUCGCUCGCAGGCCAUUGUCACCGGUGAGACGAGCGUCACCUGUUUUGGGGCAGAGUGAGGCCCCCCUCCUCCCCCACGCGUGGAUCCGGCAGUUGUUCUUUUCUUACGCUGUGAAUUUCCAUGCUCAAGCUUUUCCUGAAAACAUCUU